AUGGAGUCCUCCGCGUCUCCCGCGCCAACGAAGCGUCCGAUUCCCGGUCUUCCCAAUCCCGUGGUUGCAGCCGCACAGCAGAAAUGGCUUUUCACAGAGGAAGAGCUCGAGCGCACGCCCUCGCGCAUCGAUGGCAUUAACCGCGAGAAGGAGGAUUACAUCCGGCACCGUGCGGUCGAGUUUAUAUGGCAGGUCAGCAUGAUGCUGAAGAUGCCGCCGCAGACCUCGAUGACCGCGACUGUCUUCAUGCACCGGUUCCUCAUGCGAUACUCGCUGAUCGGCAGUGACCCAGACCCCGAGAAGGCUCGGGACCUGAUGCAUCCGAAGGUGAUUGCGGCCGUGGCUCUGUUCGUUGCGUUCAAGGUGGACGAGACCAUGCGCCGCAUGAAAGACUUUGUGGUCGCUUGCUGCAGGGUCGCGAUGAAGAAGCCGGAUAUGGUGGUUGACGAACAAUCCAAGGACUACUGGAGGUGGCGCGACCUCAUUCUUCAGAAUGAGAGUAUCCUGCUCGAGCACAUGUGCUUCGAUCUGCAGCUCGAGUCGCCGUACCGUAUUCUGUGGGAUUACUCUCAGUUCUUCAAUGUCGGGGAUAACCGACCCCUCCGUCAUGCAGCCUAUGCUUUCCUGAACGAUUCUACAUAUACCGUGCUGUGCUUGCAGUUCCCGCCGCGUGUCAUCUCAGCUGCAGCUCUCUAUGCCGCAGCCCGCUAUUGCAAGGUCGCAUUCCCGGAUGACUUGCAGGGUAGGCCAUGGUGGGAUCAGAUAGACGUGAAAGUCGAAGAUCUGAUCCGCGCCAGCAAAAUGAUCGUGAAGAUCUAUGAACGCGUCCAGAUGAAUCUGAGCAAAGGCUACCCGGACUUCUCCGUGUCAGACACCGACCCCAACGAUCCAACCCGCAUCUUCCACACCGAUCCCACCACCUAUAAACCAGCAGAAUCCGUAACAACACCAUCCCUCAACACGCCCGGCUCCGACUCCGGCGCUCCAAACGGGCGAAAGCGCUCUCGUGACCCAGAGUCCCACGCCCCCGAAAACAACCACCCAACUCCCUCCUCACAACCACCUUCCUCCCUGAACGGCGGUCGCUCUCCGAAGCGGCAACGAACCGUUUCACCCUCGACCGCGGGAGCUGUACCGCAGUCCCCUGCACCCCGCCCACGCAUUCCACUGCGAGCAAUGGCCCAAUUAAAAUCUGAAGAUAGCGCCAGUCGGAAUUGCCCUGCACCGGGGUCACUUCCGAAGGAAGAGACCAGUGCCGAAGAAGGCGAGGUCUCAGAUAACAAGGGACCCGGAGCUAGUGUUCCUCAUUCACGCCCGAGACCGCAAAAAGAAAGUAAUGAACAAGGGGGAGGCAGUGAAGAAGGCGAGAUCUGA